AUGGAACAUGUGGAAGAAACUGCAAUUUCUACAGCACCACAUCCCCCGCGGUGGUGGUUCAGAUAUGUCGACGAUAGCCAUUCCUGUCUGAAGAAAACCCAGGUGAACGAAUUUCAUAACCACCUCAAUUCUAUAAACCCGGCAUAUUUACAAUUCACCAUCGAACUGGAAGAAAACCGACGCCUCCUAUUCCUGGAACA